AUGUCGAGCCCAGAUUACUAUAAGAUCCUAGGCGUCUCCAAAGACGCCGACCGAUACGAGAUCCGCAAUGCAUAUAAGAGGGAAUCACUGAAAUUCCACCCCGAUCGAGUCCCCAUCGACUCUCCAGAGCGACCCUCAUGCACACGAAAGUUCCAGGAAAUCAACGACGCCUAUUACACCCUAUCGGACCCCACACGCCGCCGGGAGUAUGACGCUACUCGUGCGUACCAGGCAGCCGACGAGGAAGCAGAAGCGGAAGCCCCACCAACCAGUGGUUUCUCCUGGUCCGACUUUGGGGGAAAUCGCGAUGCCCGCGACAACUUCCAGUUCGGGACCAUAUUUGAAGAGAUGAUGCGCGAGGAGGGUCUCGCUGAGGAGAACGAGGGAGAAGGCGGAAGGCGGACUCGCCCAACCGGGCGAUUUUGGGCACUGGUUGGCGGUGUCAGUGGUGGUGCUCUGGGUUUCAUUGUUGGCAAUUUGCCUGGUGCGCUGGCUGGCGCUGUUGCGGGUAAUCGUCUAGGCGCGAUCCGCGAUGCUAAGGGGAAAAGUGUCUAUGAGGUUUUCUUGGACCUGCCAGUGCCGGAUCGGACGCGACUCCUGAGUGAACUUGCGGCUAAGGUCUUCCAGUCCACUAUGGGACGCUGA